ACGCAGGUAUACGGUGCCGGUGCGGACGAGAUCGGUCGGGUGAUUCGAGUUCGACGUGCACCACCCGACCGACCAAUCUCGCGCGCCGCGCCGCCGCCUCGCGCGAUCCAGCUUGUCCUCCGGCUCCGCGCACGCCGGCGCGGCGAGAUGGGCGAGCGCAAGGUGAUAAACAAAUACUACCCGCACGACUUCGACCCAUCCAAGAUCCCGCGGCGGCGGCGGCCCAAGAACGAGCAGAUCAAGGUGCGCAUGAUGCUCCCCAUGAGCAUCCAAUGUGACACCUGUGGAACAUACAUCUACAAGGGCACCAAGCUCAACUCCAGAAAGGAGGAUGUCGUCGGAGAGAUGUACUUGGGAAUACAAAUAUUCAGGUUUUACUUCAAGUGCACUAAGUGCUCUGCUGAGAUCACUUUCAAAACAGAUCCUCAGAAUUCUGACUACACAGUGGAAUCGGGGGCUAGUCGAAAUUUUGAACCUUGGCGUGAACAGGAUGAGGCAGCAGACAAAGAAAAGAGGAAGCGAGAUGCUGAGGAGAUGGGUGAUGCAAUGAAAGCGUUAGAGAAUAGAGCAAUGGAUUCAAAGCAGGAUAUGGACAUACUUGCUGCUUUAGAAGAGAUGCGCUCCAUGAAGUCUAGACAUGCUGGUGUCUCUGUUGACCAGAUGCUUGAAAUUUUGAAGCGUUCAGCUCAUGAGAAGGAGGAAAAAGCAAUUGCAGAGCUUGACGAAGAAGAUGAAGAACUUACCAAGUCAAUCACUUUGCGAAACUCCGGAUUCUAUGUAAAGAGGAUAGAAGAUGACGACGAAGACAACAAUGACGAUUUGGUCCCAGGCCAAUCGAGUAGAACAGGAAAGAUCGAUUGUUCUUCUGAAUCAGUGACAAAGCCAACAGAUGUUCUAAGCAAAGCUAAUGGAUCGGAGGGUGUCAAUAAAGAAGGGAGCAAGAGCUGGAUGCCCAAAUUUAUAGUAAAACCAAAGUCUGCUGGUGCAGAUCCUAAGAGGCAGAAGACUGAAUCAACAGCUGUCCAAGACAAUGGCAAAGCACCAGUAGGAGAUCAAAAGAGUGAACCUGCAAUGCAAACCAAUGUUCUCCAGUCCCUUUGCCAGAACUACGAUAGCGAUGAUAGUGAGUGAGGACAGCCCUUGAAGCCACAGUAGUACUGAUCGUCAAUACUGUAACAAUAUUGCACCCGAGGAUAGUUGACAAUAGUCGGCAGAGAGCAAGCAGCUGCAGCAGCACGCACCAGCAGGCAGCGGCAGCGGCAGCAGCAGCAGCAGUCAUGCACCAGCCGAACAGCGCCCUAGUUCCCUUGUGCUAUCAUUUGUAUAGCUUAUGGAAGUCUCACAAAUCUGGCAGUCAAUGGCUCACCUGCCGCGAGUAUUGACUGUUAUAAAUCUGGAGUGUCCAGAUAGAGCUGUGUUGUUAUUGGAUAUCCGAAAACAUUACAGUAUUUUAAAAUUGGUA